AUGUGUGGUCCCAGUGGGAUUCCAGUAUUAUUCCACCAUAACCAACAUUCUAACAAUAUAGUAAUACAAACUAAAUCAUUGUAUCACCAAGCAUUAGACCUAGUCAAAUAUGAGGUUGUUUCCCUUGGAUCACAUAACUACAUACAGAUUCAUAUUGGAGAAGCUACCAAGACUACUUCAUCAACUUCAAAAAUAUUCCUAUUCAUUGUUUUAAGUAUGUUACUGUUAGUUUUCUUUGUCGUGUUGAAAGAAAUUAAAGGUUCAUUAUUUAAUUUCAAGGGAUGUUUUGAAACAAAGAAAAAACAGAGACAUGGUUAUCUAUGUGAUAAUUAG